AUGCCUUCCGCAGCAGAGACUAGGCCCGAGGAAAACCCUUGGGAGAAUGUCGAGGCACCUACCAACGGCAGCAAUCUCAUAACCAAAGUACAUCGCGAGUCAUAUGAGGCGAUCUCACCCACCCGACCUGAGCUUUCUCAGGCUGGCCAUACUGUACUUGUCGCUGGAGCCUCUACUGGAAUUGGCUUCAGCAUUGCCGAGUCGUUUGCCGCAGCUUCCGCGACUCGUCUCAUCAUCACCGGCCGACGCCAGGACGCGUUGGACAAAGCCGCCUCUAAGAUCAAGACGAGGUACUCCAACGUUGAGGUCAUCCCGACUAUCAAUGACUUUUCUGACGAGGAUGCCACACGAGAAUUCUGGAAGAAACUCGCAGAAGAUGGUAUCUUUGUUGAUGUUCUCGUUUUGAGUGCUGCGAAAAUGUGGCUGCCCAAUACUAUUCUUGGACUCGGAUAUGAGACCUUCAAGGAUGGACUCGGUGUGAAUCUUGUUGCUCCAUAUCUAUGGACUAGCUUGUUUCAUAAGCAGCGAGAAACCGACCCCUCGCGAAAGCUGGUUCUUCUCAACUUGUCCAGCAUUGCAAUUCAUAAUACCCAGAUGUCUGUUCCCAUUCCUCUAUACUCACUCACCAAGAGCGCUGGGACAAUGAUGAUGCAGCAUAUCGCCAUGACCGUUCCCUCCAGCGAGAUGCAGGUCAUCACCUUUGAGCCAGGACUACACUAUACUGAAUCAUUCGAACGUUUCACCGAUGAGAACAGUUUCAAGUGGGAUGAUAUCAAACUACCAGGCGAUUUUGCUGUUUGGGCAGCGUCUGAAGAAGCCGAGUUCCUCCACGGUCGGUUUGUGUGGGCCAAGUGGGAUGUCGAUGAGCUCAAAACGGGACGUCUUCGGAAGAAGAUCGAGAGUGACGCUUCGCUUUUCAGAGUUGGCGUCAAUGGAUACUGA